ACUAACCCUUAUCAUUAAAGUCUACCCAAAAAAAAAAAAAUCCAUGAAGUAUAGUGAAAUAUCUCACUUCAGCCAUCCACAACACUCUCUAAAAUUCGAGUACUCGGAAUCUCCAUUCAAGUGCGAUGGCUGCAAAGAAGUAGGUAUCGGAUCGCGCUACAAAUGCACAAAAUGUGAUUUCGAUCUUCAUAUGCAUUGCGCAAUUCCUUCCUCAACGAUCCACCAUCCGUUCUUCACAAAAUGCUCGUUCCAGUUCAUGUCACGGCCUCCAGGUGAUAAACCUCGAUAUUGUAACGCUUGCGAAAGAGAUGUUGGCGGAUUUCUUUAUCAUUGUAAAGAUUGCGGAUUUGAUCUUCACCCAUGUUGUGCCAAAUUGCCUAUGGUUCUUGAUGAUGGAGAAAUUAAGCUUUAUUUGUAUAGAAAAGUUAGUGCCACGUGUCAUAAAUGUGGACGUAAAGGUAGAAGCUGGAGUUAUCGGUCGUCUUGCAAGAAAUAUAACUUGCAUGUAGCUUGUGUUAAGGAUAUGUUGGUGGAGAAUUGGUCUGAGCUUUAUCUUGGUCGUACUAAUAAUAAUAAUAAUAAUAUUAAUAAUAGUUUUAAUAAUAAAUCAAAUGAUUUUUAUUAUGGGAAAGGUAAUUAUAGUAGUUAUGGUAGUAGGAAAUUGGAGAUAAAUAGAAUUCCUAGCUUGAAAAAUGCACUUCAGACUCAUCAUCGUAAGAGCAAAGGUGGUAAGGUGCAGAAAUGUUGUGAAAUGGCCGGAAUGGCUGUGCAAUUUGUUGUCUCCGCCGUGCUCGGUGAUCCGACCACCCUUAUUGCUGGUGUUAUUGGGUCCUUGAUGUCAAAAGGCUGAUUGCCGGUAUGCAAAGGUUGAUCAAUUAACUAAUAAGGAAUUAAUUAAUGGAAUAUUUGGAUAAUUUAAUUGUAAUGUGUAGUUUUUAGUGUUAUUGUGACUUUAUAAGUAAGGUUGGACUAAUUAGGCAUUAUGUAUUACGCAAAAGGAGUACAUAUGCUUUUAAUGUGAAUAAAUUCUCUUUACUUUA